AAUUGGAGCUGGCAUUUCGGAAAUGGCCAAGUCGUCGAGAAAGCCGAAGCAGCAGCAAAGUUCGACGAUGGUGUUAUCUCGAAAUGGAGGAUUCUCCUUGAUUGCCUCCAACUCGCCAUCCUCAUCAUCGCGGUCAACGCCCCUCAAAAACUUGCAUCAACACACGAGCAGGUCCAGGGCUGAUGAGGCUGAAGAGAUGCUCCUGUAUCAAGGGGUGGGUCUCAGUCCCGCCCACUCGCACCAGGAAUCAUCCAGCAAAGUUUCGCCCACCCAUCACCAACGUGGGAUGGCGGGCAAUCAACGUGUUGAAAAAACGACUCAGCCUCGUUUGUUUCCUCCGGGAGUGAGAAACGCAAACAAUGAUGAAGCCGUGUACCACGAGCCCUUCCAAAGUCGAGCUUCCACAUCUCCGAUUCGGUUCCAUCCACAAGGGGACGAGUCGUCGUCUUCUUCCACCACCAUUCCCGCCGUACAUUUGCUGACCAAAGGUAGCGUUUUGGAUAAUGCCAGCAAUACAUAUACCGGAGGUCGUCAUGCCAGCCUCAUCGCCUCACUGGGCAAAGCCAAUGGAUCCUCGAGUGGCCUCGGCGAGGCUGCCACUUUACAGUUGAGAGAAGGCAGUUUGGCCGGACAAAAAGUCAAUUAUUUGGACUCGGGUUAUUCCGAGGAGGACACAGACCAACAAAUCACCAGUUGCCUCAUGCAAACAGCCUCGGGGAGCAUUUACAUUCCUGGAAACCUCCCCAAGAAUUUGACCGUGGACUCUCGUUUGGAAUACCGGCUACAUCACUCAAAUCACUCACCGCCUGACCAUACCAGUCCAGCCAAAGAUCUACCCAGUCAUUCAAUGUCAGAUAGAAACCCAAGUUUGCAAUUGAGUCAUGCUGAGACUCCGUUCUUACCACCACCGCCACCCUCGAAUAAACGCUCUGGCGACCCCAGAAAACAACUCAAGCGGAGAGAUGACAAAAUUGGGCCCCCAUGGGAGAAGAAUUUCAUUCGGAACUGUUCGUGGAAAUGCAUUGCUAUCUUCUUUGUCCUCCUGGCUGUGAUACUCGGGGCUGUUCUGAUCACUGUGACAGGUUAGUACUUUCAAAAAAGGACCACCCCAAAAGCAAUCAGGGCAUG